UUUCCACAAAACGAACCACUCCCUCCAUUUUCCCUCCUCUCUUUCUCUGCUUCUUCGUCUUUCAACUUUCUGCCCAUCCAGUCCACUCCUCUCUCUCUCUCUCUCUCUUUCAAACCUACAUUCUCCUGUAACUCUUUCCUGCUAUCUAUUCAUUAGAAUGAUUUGAUAGAGAUCGUUUUUGCUUCUCCACAUGGGUUCCGGAAUCGAAGAAGGAGUUGAGAGGGAUCUGGAGAAGGGUUUGGGAAAGGUUUGUCUUUCAGAAUUAUCAUCAUUUCCUUCUCCGGCUCCGUCACCGGCGUCAACGCCAAGGUCGAAUCUGGUGCUAUCCAAUUCCGGCAAGGCUCUGAUUGUAUCCAAUUCUCACAAGUCUCUAGUUCUUUCUAAUUCCGGUAAGCGCUUCGAUAAAAAGAAGUACGUGAAGCAGGUGACUGGCCGUCACAAUGACACCGAGCUGCACCUCGCUGCACAACGUGGAGAUUUGGCCGCCGUGAAGCAAAUUCUCGGGGAAAUUGACGCCCAGAUGAUGGGGACGCUGAGCGGAGCUGAUUUUGAUGCUGAGGUGGCGGAGAUAAGGUCUGCGGUGGUGAAUGAGGUGAACGAGUUGGGAGAAACAGCGCUGUUCACGGCGGCUGAGAAAGGGCAUUUGGAGGUUGUGAAGGAGCUGUUGCCGUAUACGACUAAGGAGGCCCUUUCAUUAAAGAGUCGAUCUGGGUUUGAUCCUCUCCAUGUUGCUGCAAGCCAAGGUCAUCAAGUCAUCGUCCAGGUACUAUUAGAGCAUGACCCCUCGCUAAGCAAAACUGUUGGCCAAUCAAAUGCAACUCCUCUUAUAUCUGCAGCUACAAGAGGGCAUACAGCAGUAGUUCACGAAUUGCUGUCAAAAGAUUCAAGUUUGCUAGAGAUAGCAAGAUCCAAUGGAAAAAAUGCAUUACAUCUGGCUGCUCGCCAAGGGCAUGUAGAUAUUGUUAAGGCAUUGCUCAACAAGGACCCACAAUUGGCUCGUAGGACUGACAAGAAGGGGCAGACUGCAUUGCAUAUGGCUGUCAAAGGGGUGAGCUGUGCAGUGGUAAAGCUGCUUCUUCAGGCAGAUGCAGCUAUUGUCAUGCUACCAGACAGGUUUGGCAAUACGGCAUUACAUGUAGCCACAAGAAAAAAGCGGGCAGAGAUAGUGAAUGAACUGUUGCUUCUUCGUGACACGAAUGUCAAUGCACUAACAAGGGACCAUAAAACAGCUCUUGAUAUAGCUGAGGGACUCCCCCUCUCUGAAGAAAUCUCUGAGAUAAGAGAUUGUUUGACUCGUUAUGGUGCAGUCAAAGCAAAUGAACUUAACCAGCCGCGAGAUGAGCUUCGGAAAACUGUAACACAGAUAAAGAAAGAUGUGCACUCUCAGCUUGAACAAACCCGAAAAACCAACAGAAAUGUUAGUGGGAUUGCUAAGGAUCUCCGUAGGCUCCAUAGAGAAGGAAUCAACAAUGCUACUAACUCAGUCACAGUGGUCGCUGUACUUUUUGCAACAGUUGCAUUUGCUGCUAUUUUCACAGUUCCUGGUGGUGAUGAUAACAAUGGAAUGGCUGUGAUGGUGAGAAGUGCAUCAUUUAAGAUAUUCUUCGUCUUUAAUGCUAUUGCUCUCUUCACAUCCCUGGCUGUUGUGGUGGUACAAAUCACAAUUGUAAGAGGGGAGACAAAAUCAGAAAGGCGGGUUGUAGAAGUGAUCAAUAAGUUAAUGUGGUUGGCCUCUGUUUGCACUUCUGUGGCAUUUAUUUCAUCAUCUUAUAUAGUGGUUGGUCGGCAUCACCAGUGGGCUGCAAUUCUUGUUACUGUUAUCGGAGGAGUCAUAAUGGCAGGAGUUCUUGGUGCAAUGACUUACUAUGUAAUGAAGUCAAGAAGGAAACGUAAAGUGAGGAAGAAAGAGAAGCACUCUAGAAGUGCAGGAAACAGCUCGUGGUAUGUGUCUGAGUCCGAGUCAGAAGUGAAAUCAAUUUAUGCUCUCUGAUGUCAACCCCAUCUCUUUUUGAAUUUUAUAUGACAAAAAGGAAAUUAUACAGAAAGUGAGAACAGUUUAUGUUUGUAAGAUGAUUUGAUGUGCAUGCAACAUUGUUAAAUAUGCAAGCAGAAGGUGGAGUGAAUGGAUAUGUUGCAAUUGAACCCAAAUUUCUGUUACUCAUCUUCAUGCACAUCAAAUGAAAAUUUGAUAUGAUCAAUCCACUGUAUAGAAUUGCUUUUGUAA